AUGGCCUCGCUCCCUGGGAAGAGGAAGCCUGCGGGAUCGAUCGGGGCGUCUCGGAAACGUGCCAAAACAUACGAUGCGCGCACCUUGGCUGUCCAAUCCACCGAAGCUGCCCUCUCUGCAACAGGCGAACUCGAUGUCGCUGCAUAUGCUGCUGCCCGCACUUUCGAAAUCCAGGCUCUGGAGAAAGGCAUGCAACGAUCCAAGGGUGCUUUGACGACACGAGCCUUUCAAAAAGUUCCCCGUUCGCUGCCACCUGCCGAUGCCAAGUAUCGCAAACGUCAAAGGUGCAAAACGUGGCUCCCAACUCAUCUUUUCCAUGCCAAGAGAGCUCAUAUGGCCACGACAAAAUCCCCGCUUUGGCGAUUUGCAAUCCCCAUUUCUCCGACAGAGAAAAGUUAUCGUCCUACACAUAGAGCUCGAGGAUCCCGUGGUGCGGUAGCAUGGGAUAUGAGUUACAUGUCUACGAUACAGCUCGAUGGCAACUUUGAUUGCAUUGAAGCUGUUCUGCGAGCAGUUGGUGUAGAAGGUGAUGAAGCAUGGGGCACCAGGGGAAGGAAAUGGCGGCUCGGUACUCGAGUAUUACAAGCUUGGACAUAUGAAAAAGACAACCGGGCCGUGCCAAUUGCUCCAGUAACCUUACUUUGGUCUGUCCAUACGAAGCCGGAAGAUAUCGUACCAGGCGAUUCCACUCGACCAUCUUUAGAGAAGGCCCGGCGAAAGCUAUGGGUACGUGUUCAUCCGUCUGCAUUUCUUCAGCUAUGGACAGAUCUGCUUGAUCUAUCAAAGCGACAAAACCCUCAUGUCACUGUUGAGGAUCUGCGAUUUGAGAUUGGUAGCAUUGAGAUUACAGGCCCCGGUUCGACGGAGGCCUUGAUUGCAGCAUUACGCCCGGUUCGGGGUGAAGACGGCACAGCCCCAGAUCCACGAAGCCCUGUGGCCACCUGGUCUGGGCUUCUUGGUGUCACAAACCCAUCUUCGCUUCCGCAGAAUGCUUUGUUAUCGUUUGAUGUUUCUGAUCCUCGGCUUCACUUUCCACCCCAGCGACUAGAGAUCCCUGAGGGUGAAAGCCACAUGGUUGACCUAGCCAAUUUAUUCGCUCAAAUCGUCUGUCGGCUUCACGUCAGCUUCCAAGCCAAAAAGCUAUCAAUCGUCGUCGUGAGAAAACUCGCCAGGAAGCUGGCCCUGGAAAUCAUCCCGCCCCCCCAGCCCAAUGACCCCAGGAUUCCAGUGUUAGUCUUUGCCACCCGCCAUUCGGAUGGAUCUAAGCAGAGUUCUGCACCGGGAUCCUGGACGGUCCUUUUACCUUGGAAAUGCGUUCCGCCCGUGUGGUACUCUCUCAUGUACUACCCGCUCUCUAGCGGCGGAAGUCCGCGCUUUGGUGGGCUCAAGGAGCAGCAGCAGCUGGCCUUUGAGGCGGGCGAACCCUGGUUUCCUGGUGACUACCCUGGGACACGAGCUGGCUGGGAGUGGGGGCAAAUGCAAGCCCAGAAAUCGCAGGCUGAAUGGGAACGGAGACCUAAGGGUCGUCGACCUGCUUUUGACAGUCUUACACUGGGCGAGGGUAGGCCUAAGGGCGAAAUAGGCCGCGGUUGGGCUUGUGACUGGGAGAGGCUUAUCCAAGGGCCUCCAAAAGACGUUCAAGGCAAUUCAAGCUCCAAGGCAGAGAAGGCAUCGCAAAAAGAGACGGAAAAUGUGGAAUCGCCAGUGCCUCCCUUGAAUAUUCACAGUCUGCGUUUCCCAUUGAAGAACACAGACCAUAUCCUCGCCAAUCUGGGCAGGACGCCUCCAAGCUCUUCCGGUCUUGCCACGGUCUAUAUUACACUCUCCAACCGAGGCACACCAGAACCUUGCGCACGCAUCUACCGUCUUCCAACCGACCAAGGUUUGCGUCAGAAAUGGACGGAUUUGAAGUCCAGUGCCGGCUCCAAAUUACAAGCCCAGCACCAUAGACGACGCUGUCCUUCUGUUUCAGGCGAGCAAGCACGUCGUAAACUUGCCGAGUCUCUCAUCUCAGCGACUGCACCAGAAAACUCAAAGCCGGAUUGCUUGGAAGUCCCACCCGAGAAAGACUUGAUUGGCUUUAUCACUACCGGAAACUACAAUCUCUCGGAGGGCAAGGCAACAGGGAUUGGCUCGAUUUUAUUGCACAAGGUCUUGGUGGCAGAUUUCAAACAGCAUGAGAGACGUAUGUGUAUUAUUCGAGGCUCAGGAGAGAGGACAGGAAGGCUCGGUGUGUGGGAGCUUGUAUGA